CAACCCAGGCUCAGUGUUGCCGCCGCCUCGGUAAUGGGGAGAAGGAGGGGCAACACGGGGGGAGAAGCAGACGGGGAAGAAAAAGCUUGUGCGUAAUUGGACCAAGGUUUUAUCCUGUUUUUGUCUAUUUUUUCAAGCGAUGAAGCCUUAAUAACAUUAAAUUAAAAUUAACUUCUUUUAAUGCAGUCCAGAACUACAGUGUCGUAAACUGUAGGACAGUGUCGGCAGUAGGUGUCGGUGACAGACGCGUGGGUGACAGGCGGCUGUAAACUACAGGUGUCAGCAGUGGGGGGAGUCUGAGUCCAGGGAGUAGAUAAAGGAAGCAGUUGGGAACACCAGGCCAGUGGAUCUGAGGAGUUGCUGUGUAGAGUUGUUCCUCACUGAAGAUAAUCGGUCAAUAUGAAGCUGCUACAGGAAACAGAGGAAGCUACCAGAGACAGAAAGGUGAUCAAGUCUCAGGUGGAGAAACGCCGCAGGGAGAGGAUGAACGCCAGUCUGGAGCGGUUGAGAAGCAUGUUACUACAGGAGCCCCAACAUCUGAGUGGAGCUCAGGGCAGAGUGGAGAAGGCAGAGAUCCUUGAGCACACUGUUCUCUUCCUUCAGAGAACUAUUCAAGGGGACAAAUCAACAACAGGAGGAGGCGAGAAACAGUCCUUCCAAGAUGGCUUCUCUGCCUGCUUCCAAAGAGCUGCCCACUUCCUGGGAUCUCAGGGAAAAGACCUGUGGAUGGGAGCAUCUCUGGACGCUUCAUGUGUUUCAGCCCGCUUCCCACAGCCAGACUCAGACUCCACAGUUCACCGUGGUCUUAACAGAAAUGACACCAGUUGCUCCUUGUCUCCUGGCUCCCUAAUGCGGACAAAGUCCAUUCUCAGGAUGCUCAGACAGAAGUCUGAUCACAGACUCGGCAUGGCUCAGACCUUCAGCGCCAACACCUCUCCUCAUCCCUACAGACAUCCGAUCCAGCAGAGCUUUUCCAUCGUCUCCUCGCCGCCUCAGAAACAGAAGUGCCGUCGGGCCGGGGUGGAAAGAGAAGGCAGCAAACAGGCUCUUGGUCAGGCCAGCAGCCUCAAUCAGACUCUGUGGAGGCCUUGGCCCUGAUCUCUAGCCUGAGUUCUCUGAAAUUGAACUUUGAAAUGUGUCUCAACUGUUUCAUAAAGUUACUGUUGUUACUUAUAAAACAUCUUCCAAAGGUCAUCAGCAAAACAAAGGACUUUCCAACAGUCUCAGCCACUUCAGCCUGUAAAUACUGUAAUGUCAGUGCCUCAUGUGUACAUGUGCUGUAUGUGUGAAAAGGGGUUGUGUGUGAUGUUUUCGAGUGAGAUAAAACAUCAGAAGGGCAGCGGUCUCUGCAGCCGACAUCCAGGUGUAGAUCGUUCCUCAGUGGACCAGAUGCGGGGUCCUGUACCAGAUUCUAGCUGAACUAGUCCGGCCCAGAACUG